AUGAAGAAAAAGUUGUAUUAAUAGGUACCUUAAGAUUUAAAAUGGAAAGAAGAUAAAAUGAUCAUUUAGUCUUAGUUUAAAAAAGAGAAUGAUGAAAUUUGCUAUCUCUAAGGGUUUAAUAAUUAUAUCAUAAUUACGAAAGUAAUGCAAGUUUUUAACCAUAGGAUCUGUAACAAUAGCCUAAGAAAUACAUACAGUUAGAUUUUAAUAUCAAGUUUGAAAUUCUUAGGGAGAAUCAGGUCAAAAAAGGUGAUGAGGAUGAUUCUUUGGGGUAAAUUACAGGAAUAAGCCUAAUAAAAGAUCUCGGGAAUGAAACUAUAACUUAUAAGAAGUACCUUGGAGGAGAGAAAAUAAUCAAGCAAUGGCGAGAGUACUUGAGUAGCAGGAUAAACUAAUGGCAAUUUCACCAAAUGUUUAAAGUUUACAAAAAAAUUGGGAAGGGUAAUUUUGCUUCAGUAAUUUAUAUGAAUAAAUAGUUUAUAGGUUUAUUUGGCAUAGAAAAUUGAAGAUUAGAAGAAAAUGGCAAUUAAAGCAUUCUCUAAAUAAGCAGCAUAUGCGGAAGAAUAGGGCAAAGAAGCUAUUGUAAAUGAGUUAAAGAUAAUGAGAUAACUGAACCAUACACACAUAAUGUAGAUGUAUGAGGUAUAUGAAACUUAAAAUUCCCUAUAUGUGGGACUUGAAUUGUUAGAAGGAGGCUCCUUGUAUGAUUUGAUAAAGGAGAAGACUUUACUGUCAACUACUUAGAUUUAAUAGAUUAUGGUAGGAGUGUUGUAAGGAUUAAAUCACAUGCAUUAAAAAAAAAUCAUGCAUCGAGAUCUGAAACUAGAAAACAUUCUGUUUAAAUAAUAAAAGUAAAAAUAAAUUACAUUUUUAGGAAAAUGGAUUCAGUUGUGAUUGCUGAUUUUGGUUUGGCAACUAAGGUGGAUGAACUGGUAUAUUUGUAUUAUAGAUGCGGUACUCCUGGUUAUGUUGCUCCUGAAGUCAUAAACAUCAAGGAUGUAUAAGGACAUUAUAGUGAAGUUUGUGAUGUUUUCAGUCUUGGACUUGUGUUUUACUUAUUGUUAACUGGGAAAUAGGCAUUUCCUGGUAAAUCUUAUGGGACUGUUGUCAAAUAAAAUAGAGAAGCAGUAAUUGAUUUCAAGAUUAAGCAAUUGCAAUAAGCACCUAGUUAAGCAAUGGAUCUAAUGAAGAAGAUGCUUGAGAAGGAUCCAAUCAAAAGAAUCACUGCUGCUGAUUGUUUAAAGCACCCUUUCCUUGCUGAAAUGAAUAAUCAAAUGACAGAUGAUUUUGUAAAUGAUUCAAUCGAUGAAAUUGAUGAAAUAGGAGAAAUUGCUUUGAGAAUGAAUGCAUUAAAUGAAGAGUAUCAUAAUUAUUCAAUAACCUUCUUAGAACCAUCAAAUUUGAUGCCUUCAGACGAAAUGCAAUCCUAAAUUCUCCGGGUUCGCCAGGAAUUUUAGACACAAAAUAACUAAAGUAACAGAAAGUCAUAGACUCUUUAAAUUAACUUUAAAUGAACUCUCCUUUGUUUAAUGGAAAAACUGAUACUUUCGAUAGUAUACCCAAUAUUGGCACGCCCAAAAAUAAACAAUGUUAAAACACUUUUCAAUAAUCACCUAUGAUUAAACAUUCGUAAUUUAAACAGUAAUCUAUUUAUCAAUUAAUUUAGAUCUAUUCCAUAAUAGUAAUAAAAUCAAGAUAAUCCAUUACAAAAAUACUCAUAAUAAUAAAAAAAUUGA